AGGUGGCGUGUAUGGCAGUAGCAGGAAGGGGUUGGGCCAGCAAGACCGGCAUGAGGGAGUGGAACCGGGAGACUCCGCACGAGGGCCCGAAAACUCAGUCAGGCAGAGGAUCGAGCUUAGUGUAAAUAUAACCGUGGGCGAGGACGGGUGUGAGUCGCUGGCUCUUGCGGGAAAAGAGAGAGACGUGUGCUGACUAAAGCAAUGGGGGACUUUGCGCUGAAUCUGGGACUGAAUUUGAUCCGGGCUGGGGUGUGCAUCUACGACCUCAUCACCUACCCUUUCUAUGCAGUGGUGCAGCAGCCAUGGAAGGACCGCAGACUCAUGAAGAGAAAAAGGGCAGUGGAGGUGGGUGUUUCAGAAGGUAUCUGUUACCACAACAAGGACCCACCACAUGACUUCCAGGUGGAGAUUCGUGAUGCCAAAAUCACCACCCUGGAGGCUGCUCUGUCUUAUGCCUGUAAGAAGCACAAAGACAAAAGGGCUGUGGGCACUCGGCAGAUCCUGAGGGAAUCUGAAGAGGUACAGAAGAAUGGCAAGGUGUUUAAGAAGUACGAGCUUGGUGAAUACUCAUGGCUGACCUACACAGAGGUGGACAAGAUGGCGUGUAACUUUGGCAGGGGCCUUCGAUCUGUUGGUCACCAGUCAAAGGAGAACAUUGUCAUCUUUGCCGAGACGCGGAAAGAAUGGCUCAUUGCAGCUAUGGGAUGCUUCAAGCAAAGCAUCCCCCUUUGUACCCUGUAUGCUACCCUGGGAGAUGAGGCAAUAGUACACGGCAUCAAUGAGACAGAGGUGAAACACAUCAUCACUUCUCAUGAGCUUCUUCCCAAGUUCAAGACACUGCUGGACAAGUGCCCUAAUGUAACACACAUCACCUACUUCCCAGACCAGCUCAAAGAGACUCCCCUUGAUGGCUAUAAGGAUGGCAUUGUCUUUAACUCCUUCCAGGACAUCAUCAAGAAAGGCAAAGACAGCACAUUUUCAGAUGAGCCUCCACACGAAGUAGACACUGCCAUCAUCAUGUACACCUCGGGUUCCACUGGUGCCCCCAAGGGAGUCGUCUUGUCCCACUAUAAUCUUGUCAGUGGCGUCAUUGGUUAUUCAGUUGGGCUGGACGUUCAGAGUGAUGAUAUCUACUUAGCAUACCUGCCCCUUGCUCAUGUGUUGGAACUCAUGGCAGAGUCAAUGAUGAUGAUGUUUGGUGUGCCAAUGGGAUACUCCACACCCCUGACCAUGACAGAUCGGUCCAGCAAGGUGAAGCGGGGAUGCUCAGGCGACUGCACCAUCCUCAAGCCCACCAUGAUGGCUGCUGUGCCUCUUAUCCUGGACAGAAUCUACAAAGGCAUUCUGGACAAAGUUGCAGCUCAGGGUCCUUGGCUGGGGAAACUCUUUGAUUUUGGUCUCGAGUAUAAGUUAAAUUGGAUGAAGCGUGGCUGGAACACUCCCAUCUGUAACUGGUUUGUCUUUAGAAAGGUGAGGGCAUUGUUGGGUGGAAGGCUUCGUAUAAUGGCAGUGGGAGGAGCACCCCUGUCUCCAGACACACACAACUUUGUGAGAGCCAGUCUGGGAGUGCCAGUGCUUCAGGGUUAUGGCUUAACAGAGACCUGUGGAUGUGCCACCUUAAUGGACCAAUAUGACUUAAGUGUGGGCAAGGUGGGUGCCCCCCUGCAAGUGUGUGACAUCAAGCUGGUCAACUGGGAGGAAGGAAACUACAGGAUCACUGACAAGCCAUUCCCACGGGGAGAGAUUGUGAUUGGUGGUGCAAACGUUGCUGUUGGUUACUACAAGAACCCAAAGAAAACUAAGGAAGACUUCUUUGAGAGUGAUGGACGAAGAUGGUUCAGGACGGGAGAUGUUGGAGAAAUUGGAGAAGAUGGUUGCCUGAAAAUCAUUGACCGCAAGAAAGACCUGGUCAAGCUGCAGUUUGGGGAGUAUGUAUCCCUGGGGAAGGUUGAGGCAGAGCUGAAGGUGUGCCCCUCAGUGGAGAAUAUUUGUGUGUAUGGUGACUCCAGCAAGAAUAACAUUGUAGCCAUCAUGUGCCCCAUACAAAAGAAUCUGGAGGAUUUGGGACGGUCUCUUGGCAAGUUGGACCUGCGGCGGGAGAAGCUGUGUGUGGAUGAAGAUAUAAACAGGGCUUUCCUGCAGGAAUUGGUGGCCACUGGCAAGAAAGCCAAGUUAGAAAAGUUUGAGCUGCCGACUGCACUCUUUCUCUCCUCUGAGCUGUGGACGCCAGACACUGGCCUUGUCACUGCCGCCUUCAAGCUGAAGCGGAAGAGCAUCCAAAUAAAGUAUCAGGAUGCCAUCAAUCGUAUGUAUGCCUCCUAGAGGCCUCAGUGCGGCCCAUGUGCUGGGCUGGGAUGUGACAGCUGUCCCUCAGGGUCUUUGGGCUCCUUGCAGGUAAUGACAAGACACGACGUGGAGUGCAUUUGGUGUACUCUUAAUCAACAGGAAGCUCUGCCAAAAAUUAAAUCUGUAAGUUUAGAUUUUUUGUAACUUGAGUUUUGUAGUUUGCUGUUGGAAAUGAACAAGUAAGACUUUCUUUUGCCAAAGUUGUAUAUAUUUCUUUUAUGAGAUUGGUAAAGAGCUAGGCCUUUUAUAUGCCCCAUUGCUGGUCUAAGAACAUCUGUGAUUCCUACAAUUUUUUGGUCUGGGGGCAUAUUAUGACCUUACCUGACAGUAAGGGUCACCUGUAAAAUGUUGUGUUAAUAUUUUUACUUUUAACAUGUCAUUAUGGAAAUUUGCUGAAUGUCUGGCCUUUAUUUCGUUUAGCAUCAGUGUUGAUUAUUGUUUGCUGUGUGACACUACGGCUGUCUAAAGGAAAAGAGGGUUACAGUGUUCCUAUAAAGGAAAAGAGGGUUACAGUGUUCCAACUGAUGUUUGUUCCUACUAGAUGUGUCAUGUUUGUGGCAGAGCUCAAAUGUCUUGUCAAGUGUGCAUUUCGGUGUGCCCACAAUUUACUAGCUUCUUGUUUCAUGAGUGGUUACUCUGUACUCACAAAAAUAACUACCAAAGGCAUUAAUGUCCAGGUGUUUUUAGUCUAUUGCAGAUGCAGUGAUCUAGAACCUAAAUUGCACAAGUUAUCAUGUAUGGAGGACUAGUGUUUUUGAAGAUUGGACUUCCAUUUCCUAAAAUAUCAUAAACUUUGACUCAAACACUAUGCUAUGUCAAAUACUGUAGCAUGAACUUUUAUUUCUCAUUAUGUGUAUUUCUGUAGAGUUCCAUCCAGUUUGGCAUUUUAUUAUGCACAUGUGAUGGAGUUAACUAUGACAACUUUCAUUCAUUACUUACAUUCCUUACUUUUUUCAAAUUUCAUUAUAUUUUACUUUAGUUCCUUCUCUGAAUCCCUUUGUAAUGCCAUCAAAGAUAUUUUAUCACAUACAGUUUUUAUUAAUGGAUGGUCGUCACUAACUUUAGAGACUCAGCUUGCACAAAAUCAAGACAUACUCUAGUGAGAAGUAAAAAUUGCCUGGUGUAUUUAUCAUGUUAGAGUUGAACAUUACAAUAAAGAUUAGUGAGAAGGCACUGCAGCACACUGAAUUCCUCAGGUAGUGAAUGCAAAUUAAUACAGUGGGUGUCUUAAAGUAACUUAUUUUCAAGUAAUGUUAUGCUAGGAAAUGUAUCUGAGUAAUGUACCAUUUUGUUUGCAACAACUAACAUUUGAAGAAGUUCCAAAGUCCAUUAUGAUAAAUUAUUUCACUAGAUGUCUGCAGAAAUUUGAAGAGCCUCCUAAAAUAUGUUAUCAUCAAAUAUUUCACAGGAUGUCUGCAGAGAAUCUUAUUGAAUAAUGAACUGCACUAGGUGUUAAGUCCCAUAAAACUGAAAAUAUAAGAGCUGUAUGAGCAUGUAUACACUACCAUUGAAAGUUAGAUGAUAAUUAUCAGGUAAUUCUUAUGGAAUUCAGUGUUAAUAUUUCAUUCCAUUAAAGAGCCAUAUUUUUUCUAGUCGAAAACUUCCUCAUUUUAUUUAUAUAAUAAAACUAUAAGGCAGGUUUUUUUUUUUUUUUUUUUUUUUUAUGAAAUCAUAGUCUUACAAUCUGUAAAGUUAUUUGUUUGUUUUGCCUCCAGAUAUUGUAAAUUUAUGUAGUCUUGAUGUUAAUAAUAAUGGACCAAAUAUUCAUCUGUUUGUAGUUUUAUAGUGGAUGGAUUUUUGCAGACCAUCUAGGGUGCCAGGGAAAAUCUUGUGAUUCACACAUCAAAAUUUAGCUUACAUUAAUCAAUUGGCAUCCACAGCAUAGGUUUGACAGUGUGGAAGAGGUGUAUUGCUCCUAGGCAGCUCUGUAGUAUGUUAUUGAACACACACAUGCACACACAGCAACACAUGUAUCACUGUGUUUGAAAUGUAACAUACAAAAACUAUAGAAGCCUGAAAAUGGACUAGUUCUCUAUUGUAGUAGCUAUAUAUUUGAAGUUUUUAUUUCAAUAAAUUCAACAAAACAAGAGAAAUUUUUAGAAAAUGCAAUAAAUAUAUAUUUUGAAA